AUGUCUUAUCAAAUCGCCUACGACACUACCCGCGCACCACCCCGCAGUGCCGCGCUGGUCGCAUUCAUGGAAGACUUCUACCGCACCAGCGACACCGAAUCCCUGCACGAGAAAUACGUGCAAAGCUUCACUGAAGAUGCGACACUCAUUAUGGGACCAAAAGAGGCUAAGGGCGCAAGUGAAAUCCUCACCCUCCGCCAUGGUCUCUGGACACACGUUGUCUCACGCCAACACGUGCCGACACGGAUCUACUUCGGCGGCGACGAUGAGAUCAUGUUGUAUGGUGGCGUGAACUAUAGACUCAAGACUAACCCCGAUAAUGAUGUUUAUGUGCCUUGGGCUGGACGUGUUGUGUUCGCGCCCCAGAAGAGGGACGAGGAUAUCAAGAUGCAGUUCUAUCAGGUUUACUUGGAUACCGCGGCUCAGUCGGGAAAGAAAUGA